CAGAGCUAGUCCUGGGAGACCGACGGAGGGACCCAGGAAAUGGAUCCCUGUUCUGGGGUGUCGCGGGGAGCUGUCCAGCCCCACAGCGCCAGCUGGAAGAGAGCGCCGGCGCGACGCGCAGGCAGUCCCGAGCGCUAGGCGCGGCCACGACUCCCCCUGCAGCCCUGGCCCGGGCGUCGCCCCCGCCCCCCACGUGGCUGCAGCGGUUCCAGCCCCUCCGAGGAAGCGGCGCGGCUUCCUGCGGCUCGGGCCGGGGAUAUAGGCGCCCCCGCCCGGGCCCGCUCAGCUCCGCCGCCCCUCCUAGCCUUCUCGCCGCGCGAUGGCGGAGCGCGCCGUGGAUGGAUCGCGGCUCCUGUGGCUCUGUAGCGGGCGGCCGGCAGUGCUCCGCCUCCUCCUGCUGCUCCUGCUGGGUGUCGCCCCAACUUCUCAGGAGUCCCGGACUGAGUCUCUUCCCACUGUGGACAGCUUCCCGUCAAAAGGGAAUUUGGUGGAAAACUAUGAGAUAAAUGUCCUACCUUGCUGGUUUCAUUAUAAGAGUCAUAUGGACUCUGUCAAGGACUGGUGCAACUGGACUUUGAUUAGCAGGCAUUAUAGUGACCUGCAAUAUUGCUUGGAGUACCAGGCGGAGAAGUUUGGCCUAGGCUUUCCCAAUCCCCUGGCAGAAAGGAUCAUCUUUGAGACCCACCUGAUACACUUUGCCAACUGCUCCCUGGUGCAGCCCACCUUUUCUGAUCCCCCAGAGGAUGUGCUCUUGGCCAUGAUCAUAGCCCCCAUUUGCCUCAUCCCUUUCCUUGUCACACUUGUGGUGUGGAGAAGUAAAGAUGGAGAGACCCAAGCCUAGGGUCAUGAUCAUCUCAACCAAUGGCCAUUUUUUUCCUUUCCCCUUUUCCCUACUGGGACCAGAAAUCUCUCUUCCCCUCCUCUCUCUUCCCCUACCACCCAACCCCCACCCCCUCUCUUUCAUCCUCACCAAAGAUCUUUGGAUUGGCGAAAAUGGAAGCCAAGUGGAGUCGUGGCACAAUUUUUGUAAUCUUCAAAAUAAAAACAAAUUGUUUUUGUACAAUA